GAUGUUGGAGGGCAAGACAAAAUCCGCCCACUGUGGCGGCACUACUACACUGGAACGCAAGGCCUCAUAUUUGUUGUGGACUGUGCUGACCGAGAUAGAAUAGACGAAGCACGGCAAGAACUUCAUAGGAUAAUCAAUGAUAGAGAAAUGAGAGAUGCAAUUAUACUUAUAUUUGCGAAUAAACAAGAUUUACCAGAUGCGAUGAAACCUCAUGAAAUCCAAGAGAAACUUGGGCUUACACGUAUCCGAGAUCGCAACUGGUACGUUCAGCCUUCGUGCGCGACGACAGGAGAUGGUCUUUUCGAGGGGCUCACAUGGCUAACAUCUAACCACAAAUCAUGAGGUCCCUAGCAACUUAACAGAGACGUCGCCGUGUCCUCUACAUAAUUGCGAGCAACAGGGAGAGCCAGGUGGACAAGAGACGUUUUAUGUAGCGUUUUUGUUUGCGGCGUUGGUUGCGUUUGUAUUCGUGUACCGCAGCAUUCCAUCCCUACGUGUGUGUUACUGUAAUUCCAUUGCUUCUUGGCUGCCAUUAUCUCUUGGCCCCUGGUAACCUGGCCUAUCACACUAACUUUAAACACUUAGGAUGCAUCAUUGGCUGUAAUAGUUAAAAGAAAUAGCCCCAUGCAGUGAUGAUAUUCAAUUGUAUAUUUGAGUUAAUAUACUUGAGGCUGUAAGGAUCCUAUAUUUGAGAUAAAAAUGUCAUUUAGUUUCUAGAAAUUCAAAUUAUAAAUUGUACAGCAGAUGUGGUUAUUAUAAUUAUUAUUAUUAUUAUUAUUAUUAUGAUUAUUUUACGGGAGCAAUGUUCUCGACGUAAAGUAUCCUUUAGAUUUUAUUUGGCAAGAAUUUGUGGUUGUUGAAUUGGAGAUGCUUUUCUUCCCCAUCUCCACCACGUGUCUGACUGCUAAAAAAUCUCUAUAGCUUAAGCUUCUGCACUCGGUAAUGGGCUCUCAACUGUAAUGAUACAAGGCUAGUAGCAACGCCCAUAGCCAUGCUGGGCAGUCAAAGCAUGUUUAUCUUUCGUAGGUCAAUACUUUGCCUGCGAGUUUGAUAAUGAUGACUUAAGCAAACGUAUGAUUUUGUCGUUUCGUACAAACGUAAGGGCUCUUGCGUUUUGCUUAGUCGCCACCUGGUGGCAUAGAGGUAGAUCAGGAGGGUGUUAAAUGGCGAUUGCAUUCUCCUAAGAUGCGCAAUUUUGUAUUUUUGUUGCUGUACAUAUGCGCAAGAGGUGAGUCGACCGCUUGUCAGUGUUAGGAGACGACGUUACAUAGGGAAGGUGAAAACAGUAGCUCGAUUUUAUAACUAAAGCAUAAGAGAUCGUCUCUCUCGAACGGCCACGAGGUGACAUGGGAGGCAGCCGACAAGAUAUGAAUGGAAACUCAACGUAGAUGAGUCGUGUAUAGUCAGGAAUACUAACAUACGAUAAGUUCAUAUCUUGUGUGUGUACGUAUGGAAGUUGCUUUACGCUGCCUUACCCAUGUGAGUGAUGCCAGCCAGCCCUACACUGUGUUGGAAUUUUCUGCAUCUUGUAUCCGUAACGAUAUAGUUGAUGCAUCAUGGCCACUAUAUCUCUACGUGUAUAUACAAUAAUUUGAUCAGAUUAAUUUUUUAGCUUGUUGCAUUCAUUUGUGAUCUGAGGUGUACUACUGCUGCUGCCCGAGAGAGCAGUAAAGUCAUCAAAGUCAUCAGUUGAUACUAAACAUGUCUGCAUUUAUUGUGUUAUGUUAGACAGUUUUGCUGAUUUUCAGCACUGGGUGAUUAUUUUGUCGGUCGUUUGUCUCACCGAAACUCAGACUAGCCCUUGCCACAAGCUGCAGAAUUUUCAGCAAAUCUGAUGAUAUCCAAUAGCUCAAGAUAAUGCUCACUAAACUGGCAAGCUCCUGCACUUGCCAUACCAGACAAUGAAUAAGACGACCUGCUAAACUGCAGUGCCGGUAAAUGUCUCUUUGACAUAUAUAAUACUGCUGCUUACAGUUUGAAGCUGUUGUUGUUUAUUAUAAAAAUGCUUAGAUCCUGCACACGUGAUACCAUGGUAAAAGCGAUAUUAUUUGCCUGCCAUGAAAACGUUAUGGGGCACAUUCUCUAAUUGAUUUAUUGUAGAUCGCCGGUUCGGGUGAGGUCAAUAGUGUGCAGUCAGUGCUGCUCAACUUUGCAUGCUCGGGUAUUACCAUUUGCUACUGGUAAUAACCAACACCCAUUAUGCUCUCAUAUCAGUUAAACGUUAUUUUUAAUCUCGUCAUGCAGCAUGUAGGUAGUCUCAAUUUUAACUGCAUUAUGAACGUGGUCAGGUUGUUUGCUGGCUAACGUUGCCCUCGUUAUAUCCAUUUGUCAAUAGACACACAUAUGGACAACUUGUGACUAGCUUUGAAGAGUCCCCCACCUUAAUGUAACAUCUCAAAAGUAAUGAUUUCUAAUAAAAUGGUUAUAAAAACCCCUA